AUGACAAAAGUCUUUCUGUUGUUCCUCUUCAUACUAGUGAACAUCCAAACAUUUGUGUGGAGUGAUUGUUUAUUCACAUGGAAAUACGACCUUUAUGUAGUUAAUUAUCUCCCCUCAAAUUCUGCACCAUUAAAGUUGCACUGUGCGUCAAAAAACGAUGAUCUUGGAUAUCAUACGCUUGCAAAUGGUGAAGAUUUUCACUGGAGUUUCUGCGAAAACUUUUUCCCGAAUACUUUAUUCUUCUGUCACCUUUGGUGGGGUUCGAAACAAAAAAGUUUUGUUGUUUUUAAAUCAAAAUGGGGGGCCCAACAUCUACAUUUAUAUUAUUGGGUAGCAAAGAGUGAUGGUAUUUAUCUUUCCAAUAUUAAUUCCACCGAGUCAUUGGUCAAAAAGUACGAUUGGGAAGUUUAA